CUCAUAUUAUAAAUACCACCACCAUGUUUCCCCAACCUUCAACACCCCACCUCUAUUUCUCCGGCCACCGUCAACCACCCUUCACUCCGGCAAUGACAACACCCACCACCACCACUGCCACACCGCACUUAACCUAUCUCGACGAAAAUUGGAAGCUUUCCAAAAAAGAAAGCAUCUCAAGAAGCCGUUCUUCCACUUCUUCCCUCAUCAGAAACUCCUCCUCUGCCACCGCCACCACCGUCUCGCACCGCCGUUGUGCUUUUACUAGAAAAUGUGCCCGCCUUGUUAAAGAACAACGGGCUAGAUUUUACAUCAUGAGACGCUGUGUCACAAUGCUCGUUUGUUGGCGUGACUACAACGACUCAUGAUGUAACAGCCUAAGUAAACCGUGCCAGGAUAUUGUCUGUUUUGCCCUUAUGAGUGUCAUGUGUCCACCUAGUAAUUCACGGUUUUGUUACAUGACGAAUUGAUCACUCGUACAAAAUGUGUACCGGUAGAGAAGGUUUCCAUCCCGUUAUAUACAGGGAAGACUUUGUUCUCCUACUCAACGGAUUUGUUACAUGACAAAUUGAUCGCUCAGACAAAACGUGUAAUGGUAGAGAAGGUUUCCAUCCCAUUAUACAUAAGAAAGACUUUGUUUUUCCACUCAAUGGAUUUGGCACUUACACUUAAUUUUAAGUGGCGGACACAAGAUUUAUUUUCUUCGAAAAGGAACAAUGGGAAGUUGUAUAGAAAUUUUGGUAUAUAGUUUUUUUUUUUUUUUUAUUAGAUUUGAUUAAAUUGAUUGCUACUUAAUUAGAUAUUCUUUUCUUGGGUGUUGUUAUUGAUUGAUUCAAAUGAGAAAUGUGAUUAUGGAGCAUUUAAUUUCUGUU